AGAUUGUCGCCGAGAUGUGUCAAGAAUAGAACUUUCCUCCAGUUUGAAGUCACCUGUGCUUUGUCAUUUCCAAAAGCUGCCUUGCAACAAGUUGAGAAGUGCGAAAAUUCAUUAACGAAGCCUACCCCGUCGGUUGACCUCUGCUCGAGCACGAGUCCUUCUCGCAACGAAAAUCGGGAUGAGCUUGGCCGUGAGAGGCACAGGUCGGUGUGGAAGAUAGGGAAGUUGAAAAUACAGUUUGAGACGGGAAGGGUGCACGCGUGCAGAGAUGCACGAACGGGCGGUGGUUCCUUUGGCCCGGUAGAUAGCGAAGUCGAUGGCAUUACAGUCGUUUCCGUUACCAGCGUCCCGGAUCCCGAGUUCGUCGAUGAAAUAGGAAAUAUCACAGUGCCAGCAGGACGUAACGUGAAAUUAGCCUGCAGUGUCAAGGAUUUAGGGCCGUACAAGAACUACUAAAAUCGUAGAACUCCGUUCACGUGAACUUCAUUUAUUUGAACCAAAUUUUGGUCAAACCAACUCUUCCAAUUACAUGAACGAAAAAUCGUUGGCAGAACAGAGAAUCAGUAUUCUUUUUAUGGACAGUGGAAUUCUAUUGUAAUAUUAUGUUUGAAGUACGUGAACUGUGUGAAAUUUUUAAAUGUAUUAUAUCUUAUAAUAGUACUUUAUAUUUUGAAAGUACGACAUUUGAAACCGAAAUAAUAUUUCAUUUUCAAAAGAAUUAAUAUAUCAACAAUGUAUUCUAAAAUAUGCAGUACAUAUUGUAGUAGUAUAGUAGUUUUUAUUAUAUAUUUUAUAGUAAAAAAUAA